AUGAAUAUCGAAGAACUACGUAUUUAUCCAAUAAAAUCAUGUGCUGGAGUUAAAGUUCAAGAAGCUUUAGUAACGAAAUAUGGUUUAGCACUUCCAUCAGAUCCUCGAAUCUAUGAUAGACGAUGGAUGGUUGUUAAAGAUGGUCGACAAUUAUCACAACGUGUAUUACCUCGUAUGGCACUUAUUCAACCAUCAUUUGUUAAAGAUGGUCUUCUAAUACAAGCACCUAAUAUGCCUGAUUUAUUUAUAUCAGUUAGUACAUUACCAAAAGAAAUUAUGCAUUGUCAUUGUUGGGAUGAUCCAAUUCUUGGUUUACGUUAUGAUGAUAAUGUAUCUCAAUGGUUUCGCACAUAUUUUGAAAGUGAUAAUGAAAUUGAUUUAGUUGUAUUUGAUGAAAAACAAUUUGCAGCACGUCCAAGUAAAGAUAAACCUGAUUUUCCUAAUGUGGCAAAGGAUCAUGAUGUAGCUGUCUAUCAUGAUAUAUGUCCAAUGCAUGUAUGUACAUUAGAAUCUGUUAUUGAUCUUAAUACACGAUUAGAAAAGAAAAUUAAAGUAUGUAACUUUCGUCCAAAUCUUAUUAUCAAAAAUUUGGAUAAACCAUAUAUGGAGGAUUGUUGGAGAGAAAUUGAAAUAGGUGAAGUUAAAUUAAGAUGGAUCUCACCAACUUUAAGAUGUCUUUUGCCAACAGUAGAUCAAGAAACUGGUAUUAAAGAUCCCAAUCAAGAACCUUGGAAAACAUUAAGACGUUAUCGACUUAAACCUGAUAUAUAUGGUAUCAAAGCUUUGUUUGGUAUUUAUUUAGGACAAAUCGAUGAUUCAAAAACUAUUUCUGGAACUAUUCAUGUUGGAGAUUUAAUCCGUGUUACAAAAGAAGAACCUGAUUUUUGGACAAAAAACUGA